AGUGUGGGUGUGUGCACGCCCAGAUCAGCCUCUGGCAGCGGCGGGGUGAGGGCGGUGGGCACUACAGGGGGCAAAGCUUGGCAUCAAGGACCAGGGCAGGCCAAGAGGUGCAGCAGCUGCAACAACCGCUGCAACAACUACUGCAACAACAGCUGCAACAGCUGCAGCCAGAGGCGGAGGCCAGAAACCAGAAGGAGAGAAACUUUCCCAGAGAGGAGGAAAGUGUCCGUCGCCGUUGGUCAAGGGAAUCGGGAGGAGGGAGAGGGAGACCCCCUUCCCCGCAGACAUGAACGUGUUUCGGAUCCUGGGGGACGUCUCCCACUUGCUGGCCAUGAUCCUGCUCUUGCUGAAUAUCUGGAGGUCCAAGUGUUGCACAGGUAUUUCCGGGAAGAGCCAGAUCCUGUUUGCUCUCGUCUUCACAACCCGCUACCUUGAUCUUUUCACCAAUUUUGUUUCUCUCUACAACACUGUGAUGAAGGUGAUUUUCCUGCUGUGUGCUUAUCUCACCGUGUACAUGAUCUACGGGAAGUUUCGAAAAACUUUUGAUAGUGAAAACGAUACGUUCCGCCUGGAAUUUCUUUUGGUGCCCAUCACCGGCCUCUCCUUUCUCGAGAAUUACAGUUUCACUCCGUUGGAGAUCCUCUGGACCUUCUCCAUUUACCUGGAGUCCGUGGCGAUCCUGCCACAGCUAUUCAUGAUCAGCAAGACAGGAGAGGCGGAGACCAUCACUACGCACUACCUUUUCUUCCUUGGCCUCUACCGGGCACUCUACCUGGCCAACUGGAUCUGGCGCUACCAUACAGAAAAUUUCUACGACCAAAUUGCGGUGGUGUCUGGGGUGGUCCAAACCAUCUUCUACUGUGACUUCUUCUACUUGUACGUCACCAAAGUCCUGAAGGGAAAGAAGUUAAGCCUUCCGAUGCCCAUCUGAGAACCUCAAGAGAACAAGGAACCCAAACCCUAAGCAGAAGUGGAUACCAGGAUUUCCAAAUUUCCUUUCCCUUGUCCUUACUAUGACUAACUUGGCUCAGGCAGCUAAGGGACAGUCACCUACCCUAAUGAGCGCUGGGCUCCCUGACGGAUGGACUUCCGUUACCGCAACGAAGGCAAUGCAUCUCCAACUAAGGAGUUCUUCUAUUGGAACAUUUUCCUUAAUGGCUGUUCACGGGGGAGGUUCAUUCAUUCACUCAUUCAAUCGUAUUUAUGAGCGCUUACUAUGUGCAAAGCACUGUACUAAGCA